UUUUUCUUUUUUUAUCAUAGUUCAGCAGAUUUUCUAAACGCGAUCCUAUGGAACUGGAACUGCGUGAUUAUCAGUGGAAAGUCAUUGGGCCUGCUUUGGAAGGAAAAAAUACCAUCAUAUGGCUGCCAACAGGAGCUGGAAAGACCCGGGCAGCUGCCUAUGUCUGUAAGAAGCACUUGGAGAGUCAGGAUAAGAACAAGGUGGCUGUGUUAGCCAACACAGUGCCUCUAGUUGACCAACAUCUGAAGAAUGAGUUCAGUUUCUUACAAAGUCAGUUCCAAAUUACAGCAAUUUGUGGUGAUAGGAUCCAGAAGCAAUUCUUCUCAGAAAUGUCAAAAUGCCAUGACUUGAUAAUCUGCACAGCCCAAAUCCUAUAUAAUGCCCUCAACCACCAAGAAGAGGAGAUGCGUGUGGAGCUGACUGAUUUCUCUCUACUGGUGAUUGAUGAGUGUCACCACACUCACAAAGGAACUAUUUACAACAAGAUUAUGGAGGACUACUUAGACCGCAAGCUGAAAGGCCAACAGGACUUACCUCAGAUUUUGGGACUCACAGCCUCUCUAGGUACUGGAAGUGCAAAUUCCCUGGAAGCAGCUAAAGACCACAUACUGGAGAUUUGCGCUAACCUGGACACUGAAAAAAUUAUGUCACCCGAUAAACAUAAGCCCUCUCUUGAUAUUCAUGUUCCAUGCCCCAAGAAACAGUAUGAUCUGUCAGAACCAAGAUUGCAGGACCCAUUUGGAGAAAAGCUCAAGGAGAUAAUGACCCAGAUCUAUAGUUACCUAAAUGUGCCUGAUAUGACUACAGACUUUGGGACCAAGAUCUUUGAGCAGCAAAUUGUGGAGCUUGAAAAGAAAGGAGCAAAAGAAUUUUGCCAAAAAACCCGAGUUUGUGCCCUGCAUCUUCGGAAAUACAAUGACGCCCUGCUGACCAACGAAACCAUCCGCAUGAUUGAUGCCUUCAAUAUUCUAGAUGAGUUUUACCAACUAGAAUGUGCUACUAAGCUGUUAACACAAACAAGCGAGCAAUAUCUGGUCCAGAUCUUUGAUGAGAACAGGUUGUCUCUCUUGGCUCUUGCUGAAGAUAGUCGCUACGAGAAUCCCAAACUUAGCAAGCUGCAACAGGUCCUCCAAGAUCAAUUCCAAGAACUGAAGAGCUCCCGGGGCAUUGUGUUCACCCAGACCCGCCAGAGUGCCUAUUCACUGCAUCAGUGGGUACUGGGUAACCAGGCUUUGCGUGAACUUGGGAUCAAGACUGAUGUCCUAACGGGGGCUGGUUCCAGCAACCAGACAAAACACAUGACACAGCAGGAACAGCAAGAUGUUAUCCGUCAUUUCCGAAAGGGGGCAUUCAAUCUUCUCGUUUCCACCAGUGUGGCUGAGGAGGGGCUGGACAUCCCUGAGUGUAAUAUCGUAAUCCGCUAUGGGCUGAUGACAAACGAAAUUGCCAUGAUGCAGGCCAGGGGCCGUGCCCGUGCGCCAAACAGCAUCUGUUCUGUUUUGGCCAAGACCAACAGCAAGGAGGUGGCCCGUGAGAGGCUUAAUGAAACUUUGGAGACCCUGAUGGAGCGUGCCAUCACAUGGGUGCAGGAGAUGCCUGAGAGAGAAUACCACCUAAAGAUUGCGACGUUGCAGCAUGAAGCUAUGAUCAGCCGGAAGUUGCGGGAUGCCAAACUUGAGGAGCAGCGCCAGCUACAUGAUCCAGGCAGUGUACGUCUUUGCUGCCUCAACUGUAACAUGGCUGUCUGCCAUGGCAGUGACCUGCGCAAAGUAGAGAAUAUGCACCACAUCAACAUCAAUUCCAGCUUCAGCCUGUAUUACAAAACGUCACCCAACAGUGUGUCAAUUUCUCGCGAGUUCGAAAUCUGGAAACCAGGCAGCUCUAUCAGUUGCAAUAAAUGUGGGCAGGCUUGGGGAAUGGAAAUGAUCUACCGAGAUUUCACACUUCCAAUGUUGGCCAUUAGAAAUUUUGUGGUGGAAACCCCAGAUGGCCGCCAGAGACCCAGCAAAUGGAGCAAAGUUACUUUUGAGAUCAAGGCUUUUGAUUACACCGAAUAUUGUAAUACUAAUUUCUCACUAGAUAUAUAAGACUUGGAGAAUGAGUGGAAAAUACUGUUAAAUGUGCCCCUUUUGAAUAACAAA